GUAAAGUAGUGUAAAAGUAAACCAGAAAACAGUUUUAGUAAGUUGUCAUAAAAAAAGAAAGAAAAAGCUGUAGAGGUAGUUGUCUUUUUCAAUCUGUGGAGGCCAUAAAUAAUUAUUGUCCACCAUCUUCAUCCUUCAUUCAUUCACCACUCAACACUCUCUCAACUCUCAAGUCAAGUCAACUCAACUAUUUCUCUUCCUUCUUCUUCAACCCAUCAUUCACUCAUGGCUGCCAGAGAUAUCCUUCAUAAGAUGAAGGAAAAAGUUGGGUUUGGUUUAUCAGACCCUGAUUCAGGGAAAGGAAAGAGCAAGAUGUCGAAACACAUAACUCACGGCUUUCACUUGGUAAAGGGAAAAUCAUAUCAUGAAAUGGAGGAUUAUCUUGUGGCUAGAUUUAAGCAAAUUGAUAGCCAUGAAUUAGGCUUAUUUGCAAUAUUUGAUGGUCAUGCUGGUCACAAUGUACCUAACUACUUGCAGUCUCAUUUGUUUGAUAAUAUCUUAAAAGAGCCUGACUUCUGGAGAGAACCUGAAGAUGCUGUCAAGAGAGCGUAUAGUAUAACCGAUUCUAGUAUUUUAGAGAAGUCAGGUGAAUUGGGUAGAGGGGGUUCAACCGCGGUUACUGCAAUAUUGAUUAACGGCCAGAAGUUAAUAGUUGCCAAUAUCGGAGACUCUCGGGCUGUCUUAUCAACGAAAGGCGUGGCCAAACAACUCUCGGUCGAUCAUGAACCAACCACAGAGCACGAGGAUAUCAAAAAUAGAGGUGGUUUUGUUUCAAGAUUUCCAGGCGAUGUUCCGCGAGUUGAUGGACGGUUGGCAGUGUCUAGGGCAUUUGGUGACAAAAGCUUGAAGAAACAUUUGAGUUCAGAGCCAUACGUGACAGUGGAGAAGAUAAAUGAUGAUGCAGAGUUUAUCAUAUUAGCCAGUGAUGGAUUAUGGAAGGUAAUGUCGAAUCAAGAAGCGGUUAAUUGUAUCAAAGAUAUAAAGGAUGCUCGAUCUUCAGCAAAGCGCCUCACUGAAGAAGCGGUUAACAGGAAAAGCAACGACGAUAUCUCGUGCAUUGUUGUGAAACUUCAGUGAUCAUAAUUCACAAGACUCUUCAAGUAAAGUUUGAUUAAUAAACAUGCAAGUGUAAUAUAAAUACUGUAAUAAUUAUUAAGCAUUGUGUUAUUUUGCUGAGUCCUACAUACAAUGAAAAAGGUGUAAAACUACAUUUUAAUUUGUGUGAUAUUAGGAAGUUUGGUCAGUAUCA